CAUGUCCCCUACCCAUUUCAAAGGACCCAGUCAACUCCGCUCUCGCCUGCAGUUUCAGCGUCGCGGGUGGCCCGCGCCCCGCCGGAGUUGGAACUGGCAGAGUCCGAUUGCUCAGAGCGCCGAGCCAGGGGCGGGGCAGGGGUACGCUUGCAGGUCCGGUGGUACCGCGGGCUGCGAGCCCCCACGGCCGACCCGCGCUGCAGACCCUCCUGGAGAACCUCAGGCCUCUCCCCAAAAACAUCCCUAAAAGGCGUUCCCUUUGUUCAUUCAUUCAUGUUCAAUUUCAUAUGCCCCUCUGUCUUGGGAAAACCAAUUUGGGCCUCUGCAGCCUCAACACACGGGCACUGUUCCCGCCUAUUAAUGACCCAGUGAAGCCGGGAAGACGAAUCUCGACCACUGUUUCGCAAAUACCGCGUGUGAUUUAUUAAAUGCCGUCUCUCCGAGUCCCAAGUGGCCGGGAGCAUUAUGCCACCUCCCUUGCCCUCAUCUCUCACUGCCAUGCAAGAAAGCGUUAAUGGCAAAUAGGGACCAAGGUCACGCUCCGUCGUUCCUGCUUCCAAGCAAACCUUGUGCCAGGUUCCUCAUUUCGCGAGGCUCCACUCUCUUGGGCUUCAGGCUACGGCUGGGCCUCCAGGACCAAAGGGCAGUAGGGGUCUGAGAGUCCGGGCCUCAGGCAUCCGCAGGCCGCAGGUGGGUGGAGAAUAGCGCCCGCGCGUGGCAACGGCCCAGGGCGUCUCAGCCGGAUUUUUCCAUCCCCGGGAUAGGCUUCGUCCCCCGUACACUCCAGCGGAACUACAACUCCCAGCACCGUGGUUGCCCGGACUCCCGGAAGCCGAAGCCCGGCUGGGAGGAAGCAGCUGAGACCCCGCCAACAGACCUGGGGUUAAUUUAGCCAGAAAAGGGGGCGGGAAGGGCUGUGGGAUACUUGUCAAUUCGCCGCCAUGAACGUGGUUUUUGCUGUGAAGCAGUACAUUUCCAAAAUGAUAGAGGACAGCGGGCCUGGUAUGAAAGUACUUCUCAUGGAUAAAGAGACGUUAAUCCUUUGUUUUUACAGACUGGCAUAGUGAGUAUGGUAUACACACAAUCGGAGAUUCUACAGAAAGAAGUGUACCUCUUUGAACGCAUUGAUUCUCAAAAUCGAGAGAUCAUGAAACAUUUGAAGGCAAUUUGUUUUCUUCGACCUACAAAGGAGAAUGUGGAUUAUAUGAUUCAGGAGCUCCGAAGACCCAAAUACACUAUAUAUUUCAUUUAUUUCAGUAAUGUGAUCAGCAAGAGUGACGUGAAGUCAUUGGCUGAAGCUGAUGAACAGGAAGUUGUGGCUGAGGUUCAGGAAUUUUAUGGUGAUUACAUUGCUGUGAACCCACAUUUGUUUUCCCUCAAUAUUUUGGGUUGCUGUCAGGGUCGAAAUUGGGAUCCAGCCCAGCUAUCUAGAACAACUCAAGGGCUUACAGCUCUCCUUUUAUCUCUGAAGAAGUGUCCCAUGAUUCGUUAUCAGCUCUCAUCAGAGGCAGCAAAGAGACUUGCAGAGUGCGUUAAGCAAGUCAUAACUAAAGAAUAUGAACUGUUUGAAUUCCGUCGGACAGAGGUUCCUCCAUUGCUCCUUAUUUUAGAUCGUUGUGAUGAUGCCAUCACCCCAUUGCUAAACCAGUGGACAUAUCAGGCCAUGGUCCAUGAACUACUAGGCAUAAACAACAAUCGGAUUGAUCUUUCCAGAGUGCCGGGGAUCAGUAAAGACUUAAGAGAGGUGGUCCUAUCUGCUGAAAAUGAUGAAUUCUAUGCUAAUAAUAUGUACCUGAACUUUGCUGAGAUUGGUAGCAAUAUAAAGAAUCUCAUGGAAGAUUUUCAGAAGAAGAAACCAAAAGAACAGCAAAAACUAGAAUCAAUAGCAGACAUGAAGGCCUUUGUUGAGAAUUAUCCACAGUUCAAGAAAAUGUCUGGGACUGUUUCAAAGCAUGUGACAGUGGUUGGAGAAUUGUCUCGAUUGGUCAGUGAGCGGAAUCUGCUGGAGGUUUCAGAGGUUGAGCAAGAACUGGCCUGUCAAAAUGACCAUUCUAGUGCUCUCCAGAAUGUAAAAAGGCUUCUGCAGAACCCCAAAGUGACAGAGUUUGAUGCUGCCCGCCUGGUGAUGCUUUAUGCUUUACAUUAUGAGCGACACAGCAGCAAUAGCCUGCCAGGACUAAUGAUGGACCUCAGGAAUAAAGGUGUUUCUGAUAAGUAUCGAAAGCUCGUGUCUGCAGUUGUUGAAUAUGGUGGUAAACGAGUCAGAGGAAGUGACCUCUUCAGCCCCAAAGAUGCUGUGGCUAUCACCAAACAGUUCCUCAAAGGACUGAAGGGAGUAGAAAAUGUAUAUACACAGCAUCAACCUUUCCUACAUGAAACCCUGGAUCAUCUCAUCAAAGGAAGGCUUAAGGAAAACCUAUAUCCUUAUCUAGGCCCCAGCACACUCAGAGACAGACCUCAGGAUAUCAUUGUGUUUGUAAUUGGAGGAGCCACCUAUGAAGAGGCUCUAACAGUUUAUAACCUGAACCGCACCACUCCUGGAGUGAGGAUUGUCCUGGGAGGCACCACGGUGCACAACACGAAAAGUUUCCUAGAGGAAGUUCUGGCUUCUGGACUGCACAGCCGAAGCAAGGAGAGCUCUCAAGUCACAUCAAGGUCAGCGAGCAGAAGAUGAAAAACAGUGGUUGGAGGAAGGGCACAGCUUCCUCUCUCGCCCCCACUACAGGCUUUCCCUACUAACCAGAGGUGUUGGAGAGCAGCUUUGGGUUCUGUGCUGGUUGUUAGAACUCAUCUCCAGGUAGCCCACAGGUUCGUGGUUGGCACAGACACAAGACUCCCAGAGUUGACCUAACAAUAAGUCUGAGCCCAUCUCAACCCACUUUUCUCCGGUAGUCUUUAUCUGUUAGCACAAUCACUUCAGUUACUGAUGAAUUUUGUUGGGAUCUGACUUGGGGAAAGGAUUAUCAGAGCCUAGAGGGACUUAAAAAGUAAUCAUUUGAUGUAGAUACCACAUUCCUUGACUUCCUUUCUCUUCCCUUGACCCUUUCUGCUUUUCAUUAACCACAUUCCUGCAUAACUUAUUUCUGAAAACCUACCAUGUUUCUUUAUAGAGCCAUCCAAAAUUUUUUGUCCCUAUAUAGCAAUUCUCUGUGGCACUGAGAAACCAUGUAUGACCACAAUAAAAAUCCAUUUU